CGUUUCUAGCGUUAAUUGAUGUCCAAGCAAGCUAAUGUUGCUAAUGUGUUAUCACUACCGCUCUCAUUUAACAUUUUUACACUGAAUAAUAAUAAUAAUAAUAACCUCACACGAGUCCGUUUUAUAACGAAAAUAACGGAACAUUCAGCCUGGAGCCAUCUCCGGCACUUCAGGUUAAGUGAUUCGUCCAUGCUAAACACGUCAGAAGGUCCAGUUGGUUCGCCGGAAGCGUCAAAUAUGCAAAGGCAGACCGUCGGGAGGGCGGGAGAGGACCGCCGUCUCAUCGGUUCCCUGGCCCACGACGCCUCCGCCGCCGUAACCCGGCGAGCGUCCAGCGGCGAGCUCCAGCUGCCCCGCGCCUUCCCGGUCACGCACUCCCGGGAGAAGUUCUACACCGUGUGCUCCGAUUUCGCGCUGCUCAACCGGGCGGUGAGAAAGCAGGACGACGGCGACAAAUCCGCCCGAGACUUCCGGCCCGGUCAGUCGGCGGGAGCCUGCGUGGUUUCCGACGGCGACUGCGAUAUGGACGACCUGACGGUCGGCGGGGACGGCAAGACCACCCUGGCGUGGGAGAUCGACACCACCGAUUUCAAGGCGGUGCUCACUCGCAAAAUUAGGACAGGCUGCGUGAAGAAGUGCGGCAGCAAGAAGAUGAAGCCGGACCGAGCCAGCAGGAACCUUCAGGACGUCCCGCCUCGCCCUUCGCUGGAGGACAUCCAACAGAGGAAAGUUCUCGACCUCCGGCGAUGGUACUGCAUCAGCCGGCCGCAGUACAAGACGUCGUGCGGGAUCUCGUCGCUGGUGUCCUGCUGGAACUUCCUGUACAGCACCCUGGGCGCAGGAAGUCUGCCGCCCGUCUCCCAGGAGGAGACGCUGCACAUCCUGGGCUACCGGCCACCCUUUGACGACAUCAAGUUCGGGCCCUUCACGGGCAACGCCACCCUCAUGCGAAAUCUAGCUACAGCUAGGAGGUCACUAGUUCCAGUUAGUCCUGUUGCGUCUCGUUCUGGCGCUAGUCGUGGUCUUCCUCGCCCUCUCCCGAGAUGGUUCCGGCAAAUCAACGACCACUUCCGCGUGCGAGGCUGCUCGUACAUCCUGUACAAGCCGCACGGGAAACACAAGACGGCGGGAGAGACGGCGGAGGGAGCCUUGGGCAAGCUGACGCUGGGCCUGAGGGACGAGUCCAUGGCCUACGUCUACCACUGCCAGAACCACUACUGCUGCCCCCUCGGUUUCGAGGCCACGCCCCUCAAAGCGGCCAAGGCGUACAGGGGUCCUCUGCCCGCCAGCGAGAUGGAACACUGGAUCCUGAUCGGAGAACCCAGCAGGAAGCACGCAGCCAUCCACUGUAAAAAGUGGACGGACAUCGUCGCCGACCUCAACACGCAGAAUCCGGAAUACCUGGACAUCCGCCACAUAGAGAAGGGCAUCCAGAGGCGCACCACUAAAAAAGUGGGUGGCAACCUGCACUGCAUCAUGGCCUUUCAGCGGGUCAACUGGCAAAAGCUGGGCCCCUGGGCCCUCAACCUGGAGAACCUGCGUCACGCCGGCUGUGAGGCGCAGGAGACCAAGCGCCUCGCCCAGCUGGAACGUUCGCACAGCACGGGCAGCCAGAAGGACGCCCCCUGGAGGCACCUGUCCAACACUGCAGACAACCGACAGAAGAGCUCGCCCGACAGUGACAUCGACGAGGACGACUCCGACUGAACACAACGUUACCAAACAACGUGAGAGUGAACGAACUGAUCGCGGGACGACGAAAUAGCGUGGGGACUGUUUCCUCUGGCGGAUUAAUACACAUUUCGGAACUUCAUAAAGCUCAUCAAUACAUUAAUGGUAUACACAUUACAUACACAUUAUUACACUUACUGCUGUUCCAUGCUGAUGCAUUGUGAUGUUUAUUGUACAAAACACGGCUUUCAUGUUACCUUUUUUCAUCUUUUGUUUUUGUAGCUCAAAAGAGGUAUUAAAUUUUACAAUAUUUACAUCCAUGUUCAGUUCUCAUUUAUUUCCAUGAUAAAAAAAAAAUGAUUUUGAUGAAAGCUUCAUUUUUAGUGUCACGCUUCCGCCGUCGGGCGACGUCCUUGUAAGUGCCGCCUCAGCUCGCCGAUUUGAUCUGGACGAACGCGGCAGCAACCCCCUGACGAGAGAAGUGUUUCAAAGUCUUGCAUUGUCAAUUCUCAACCAGCAGAUGGUGCUGUGGUGCAAAUUUAAAAAAAAAACAGUUUUCUUACGUAGUGAUUUGAUGGUGCAUUUAGCGUUUAA